UUAUACAUAACCUUGAGAAUCUGUAAUCUCUAAGUCGACGCCACCUUGGACCUGCCAACGCUAUCGUUCUUUGAGUAAAGUUAUUUUGUCUAGUCGCUUUGUCUAGCACACACCUUGCCAGCAUGCUAGGUUAUCAGAGCGCACAGGGUUGAGCAGUCGCUUCCUGAGGGCUGCCAUGGAGCCUGGAUUGUUAUUUGCUUGUUUUUAUUAAGUAGAAUGCUACUUUACAUCGGUUCUCCUUUGCUGCGUCUGACGUGAAUGGGUUGCAAUACCUCAAAAUCUGUGGAUUCCCUAACGGUGCCAGGUGGGGGCGUACCGUAUGGAUGGCAGCGGUCUGAUGACAGCAGCAAACCCUGGAAGAAGAACCAGGUUGUGCCUGCGCAGCAACAAAUUGCGUCAGGCGAGGGCGCGGCUUCCCGGCAGCAGCGCCAACAGGGCAAGGCCGCGUUUGUUAAUGUUGGCAAGGAUACAGAGCUACCUUUGGACCAAGGCCCAACGGACGUCCUUGAUGAAUUGAAGGGCCUAUGCUCCGAGAGGGUCGGAGGUGAUAAACUCGCAAGCCUGGCAGAGCGACUCUUCGAGGUCCUCAAGCAGCAGUUACCUGGCGCACUCCGUGGCUUGACAUCGCCAAAGGAUCUUACUGGUGUCAUAGACGUUGUCAAACGGAUAGUACAGUGCUGUAACUCCAUUCUCCAACCUGUCCUUGUCCAUAUCAACCGAGUGCUCAGCAACCGGCAAUCUAGCACUUCAUGGUCAGAAUUGACAAGCUGGGAGCAAGUAGAGUUCCCUGAUUUCCUGGGUGUGCUCGAAGACGCAUGCAACGCCGUUUACGACCUGGGCGUCAUGGAAGUGGGCAGACCAGUCGUCGCUCUCAUUGAACUUAUCCAUGAGCUGCGGCGGCAUUAUGAUGCGCACAAAGCUCCCCUGGAAGAUUCCACCUGCCGGGUUCCCGCUCUCGACGAGCUGAUGGGUAUGCUGGGCAUUAUCUUCUUCCGCAAGGUGGUUCUGGAAACGCCUGAUUCUGCACAGAGCAAACUGGACCAGUAUCAGCAGCUUCGGGAACAGAUCGGCUGGUCGGACGUCCAGCUGGCUACAUGCACGGGGCCGGAGGCGAGGGCCAUGCUGCUCUACCUCAACCAGGUGUCCUCCUCAGGUGAAAAGCGCACUAAUGUGACGGUGCGGCGCUCCGCGGCUUUCUGGGAUGCCUUUGAGGCCUUCCGUGGCGCCGGUCUGCCCGCGGAACCGAUGUGUUACAAGUAUUUCCCAGCCUUUGUGGAUGUGUAUAGCCAGGACGGUAGCGGCCGGGGCGGCAGCGGCCGCAAGCCGGCUGUGGAGGCUGGCGAGGGCCACGGGCCUCGCAAAGAGUUCUUCUCCCUGGCCGGUCAAGAUAUGGCAGGGCAAGCACACCAGCAACAGCAGCAGCGAUCGCAGCUGCAACAGCAAUUGCCGGACUGCCCUCCGGGGCCGGUCGGCGCCGACAGCAACGUCCCCCGCCGGCCAGCGCUCUGGGUUUUCAACCGCACCGCGGGCGCAUACUGGUACAACACCACCCUAACAGAGUCGGAGGAGCUUCGUGACGCCUACAACUUUGCGGGCUGGCUGCUGGGCCAGUCUCUGCUCAAUCGCGCGCCGCUGGGGCUGCCGUUGCCUGCAGUACUCUUUCGCGCGGUACUGGAGGGCCAUGGCACGGACUGCGGCAGCGGCGGCGGCGGGUUCCUCCCCUCCCUGGACAUGCUGUCGGAAUUCGACCCUGACGCCGCGGCGGGUGUGCGCAACGUGGCGUCGUUGCCGGCGGACCAGCUACGCAGCAUGCUGGAGCUUGAGGGCUUGCCGCUGGACUGGUCAGCGGAGCUCUACACGCAGCAUGCUGUGCGCAGGAUUCUCCGCGACGACGUGGCGUGGCAGUCGGAGGCGCUGGCGAGUGGGUUCUUUGCGGCUGUCGACCGCAAGCUGUUGCGGGCCUGGCAGCUGAGGCCAGCGGCGCUAGCGGUGCUGGUGGCUGGCGGCACAGCCGCAGGCGGUGGUGCCGGGGGCGAGCCACCCGCAGACCUUUCUUCUCUGUUCCGACUGGCGCUGGACGACGAGCUUUCGGGGAAUAGCGCCGUGUUGGUGGAUUUGUUGUGGGCGGUCCUGGCGGAGUGGUCGCCAGAGCGGCGGCUGCGGUUCGUGGAGUUUGUCACAGGCACGUCGCGGCUACCGCUUCCGGGCAGCGAGCUGCUCAAGAUCCAGGCCCCGUUUGUGGCGAUGGGCGCGGCAGAGCACAAGGCGACAUUGGGGAUGCUGCCACAGGCUCAUACGUGUGAUAACCUGCUGGAGCUGCCCAACUAUUGGGAGAGCCUGCUGGCGGUGCGCGGCGUGCGGGGCGGCCCGGCGGCGGUGGCGCGCGGUACGUCACAGCUGACGGAGGGCCAGGUGGAGGAGCUGCGGGGCGAGGUGCGCCGCAUUUUGGAAAACCGUCUGGAGAUGGCGGUGCUGAACUUCCAGGGAUACGGCCUGGACGAGCGGUCCGGCGGGCGCGACGACGACGACGACAACGGCGCUGGCAACGGUGACGAGCUGGGCGGGAAAGGAUUGCGGGGACCCGAGCCCUCGUCCGAGCCCGACAUUCCGCAGCUCCGGCCAGUGGCUCUGACGGCGGACAGUUUGGCCUCCUUGGCUCGGUUCUCCGCUGCCAGCAGCUCCGUCCUACAUUCCUCUCACCCGCUGGCCUUCAGCGCCGCUGCUGCCAGCGCGCCGGCGCCGACAGGCCUGCGCGGCAGCGGCGGGAUAGGGGCACGUGCAUCUGGUACCAACGUUUCCAAGCCGGGAGCCCGUGGCAGCGGUGCUGCUUCUGGCCUGGGGUUAGGGACUGGGGUUGCAGGAGCUGGGGGGUGUCCUACGCCGCCACCGUGGGGGAAGAUCAGCAUGGAGUUCAAGACGGAGGAGGAGGAGCGCCAGGCGUCGAUUCUGGCGAGGUUUGACGUCGAUACAGUGCCGGGCAUACGCAGCGGCGAGCGAGCGUUGAGCGGGCCACCGGCGCGGCCGCCUUUGAGGCAGCAGUCGUCUACGGAGGAAAGCCAGGACGCGUUUAAGUGA